AACGGGAUGACAGACAGUCGGAGUGGAGCCGAACAGUGCGCCUCUCUCUGACCUGCCUCCUCCGCUGAUUCACCGACUGCGACAUCGGGAGUAGCAACCGCAGCGGGAACCCCCUUUUUCUUUAUGAAGAACGUUAAAAAAUAAAAUAAAAAUAUAGACAUCGAUUCCAACUCGUAAACCGGCAAGGACCAAUCCUCUACUUACUACACUCACUAGAUACACAUCAGAUGGAGAGGCGAAACUAGUCCAGUCCAAAAAAGAUCGGCAGCCAGCAGAGUGCGGGACACGCUGGCCGGAGAAUCACCGCAACAUCCCCGCUUCAGCCGUGAGAUGACCGAGCGUGGGGAGUGGCAGUGAGGUGUGGCGAGAGAUGAUCCGGAAGAAGAUCUUCCUGGCCUUUGUGGUCAUCAGCACCGUCAGCCUCCUGCUUCACCAUGGGGGGCACCUGGAGAGCUGGACCAUGGAGGCCUUCUACCUGGGCUGCCCCGUCCUCUGCUCCUUGCCGUCACCGUGCCUGGAGCCCAAGCACACCCACGUGGCCUUCCUCAAGACCCACAAGACUGCCAGCAGCACCAUGCAGAACCUGCUCUUCCGCUUCGCCGAGCGCCACAACCUGACGGUGGCGCUGCCCAUCCAGUCGUGCGGCCACCAGUUCUGCUACCCGCGCACCUUCACCUCCCACUUCGUGCACCCCCACACCCUGCCGCCCUCCAUCGUCACCAACCACAUGCGCUUCAGCCGGGCCGAGCUGCGGCGGCUGAUGCCUGAGGACACGGUAUACAUCACCAUCCUGCGCGAGCCGGGCCUCAUGUUCGAGUCGCUCUUCAGCUAUUACAACCAGAUCUGCCAGAGCUUCAAGCGUGUGCCCAACUGCUCCCUGGAGGCCUUCCUGGAGGAGCCCCUGCGCUACUACCGGCCCAAGGAGAAGGACGCCAUGUACGCCCGCAACACCCUGACCUUCGACCUGGGCGGCGACAAGGACCGCUCGGCCGAGGACGUGGGCUACAGCCGGGCCUUCGUGGCGGAGGUGGAGCAGGCCUUCGCGCUGGUGAUGAUCGCCGAGCACUUCGACGAGUCUCUGGUGCUCCUGCGCCACCUGCUCUCCUGGGACCUGGAGGACGUGCUGUACCUGAAGCUCAACAUGCGCACGCUCAGCUCCAAGCGGAGCCUCUCGCCGGACCUCUCCGCCAAGAUCCGCGAGUGGAACGCCCUGGACGCCCGCCUCUACGACCACUUCAACGCCUCGCUGUGGCGCCAGAUCGCCGCCAUGGGCCCGGCGUGCGUGGCCCGGGAGGUGCGUCUGCUGCGCAAGCACCAGGACCAGCUGGUGAGGAACUGCUUCGGCCGGCGCAUGCCGCUGAUGCGCUCGGCCUCGCAGAUCAAAAACAAGGACCUCCGACCCUGGCAGCCCAACGCCAAGGUGGACAUCGUGGGCUACGACCUGCCGGCCAACCUCAGCCAGGUGACGUCCAGCCAGGCCCAGGAGAACUGCCUGAAGCUGAUCAUGCCAGAGGUGCAGUACACACAGCUGCUCCUGCACUCCCAGUCGCUGCUCUAUCGCCGGAACUUUCAGCAGCGUACUCCGCAGCGGCCUCAGACCCCCAAGUUGUCCGUGAGGUCGGUGCUGCCUCGCCGGCCCCCGGCCGCGUCCCCACAGGGGCCCGGAUCGGGCCCAGGCUCCACGUCAACAUCCACCCUGCGGCCUGCUGGAGGAACCCAGGCUAGAGGGGCGAAGCCUGGGCAGGGAUCCUCACCGACCCAAGCCUUGUAACCUGACUGUAACCAACCCGGUCUCAUCCACCUGCUUAAAUAUAACCAGAUUUGACACUUUCAAAGUGAGUGCAGUGUGUAGGCGCCAUGUACACUUUUGCGUGCAGUUGGUCGGCCAAUCCUUCGCUGUGGAGAGCCGAUUGAACGGUCAUGACAUCACCAUUGAUCUGGAAAACAAGAAGGCUCACAUUUAUUUUGGGGAAACGUGGAAAAUGUUUCGGACAUGAUUAAGAAAUAAUAUUGGCGAUACCUGAAAGAAUAACUAUUCAUAAUAACUAUUUAACUACGCUAGAAACGUUUUCAAAACAAAUUUUAAUGAUGAAACUAUAUCAAAAUAUUACAUUUUCCCUUGAGAAGCGACCGCUUUAGGUUAUGCUUGGUAUUUGAGGGCGUCUGCUCUCUACAGAAGUCAAUGAGAAGGAUUGGCGGAAUUGUCACCUGCAUGCCAAAAUUGGAUGCUCAAAUCGUGUUAUUUAUACGCAGAUAGGUUAGAUCGGAUGUCUACAACAGACUUGAUAGAGGCUACAGUGCCCCAAUAACUAUGAGUGCCAAGGCGAAUCCAAGGGAUAAACUUCAUGGUUAAGGUUACUUGAAUCAUCAUCCAUCCAUCCCUCCAGGAGAUGCCCUAUAAAUAACAAAAGACCAGACGAACCAAAUAAGAAGGGUGACCGCCAAGAUGCAUUGAUUGUAAUAAUAAUGGACUUGAUACCUAGAUCAUGAAUCAAACCAUCUAUUGUCACUUGGGGUCAAAUCAGCAUCCUUGGUUAUCCCCUUACCUCCUGCUUGUUCCCGAAUGAUCUGUGCACCCGUGAGUGUGUUUUUGUGUGUGUGUGUGUGUGUGUGUGUGUGUGUGUGUGUGUGUGUGUGUGUGUGUGUGUGUGUGUGUGUGUAUGUGUGUGUGCAUAAGCUUUCUGGAAAAUGAGCCCCCCCAAUGGGAACAGACCGAAAGCAGCGCAAAAGCGCGUUUUCGAAGAAUGUCCAAAAAUAAAAAAUAAACAGAUUCCAGCUCAUAAACCCGCAAGGACCAAUCCUCUACUGACUACACUCACAAGAGGCACAUCAGAUGGAGAGGAGAAACUACUCCAGCGGGAACCAAGUCCAAAUAGAGAUGGGCAGCCAGCACUGCCCGGAGAAUCACCGCAACAUCCCCGCUUCAGCUGUGAGAUGACCGAGGACCAUGGAGGCCUUCUCCCUGGGCUGCCCCGUCCUCUGCUCCCCGCCGUACCCAUGCCUGGAGCCCAAGCACACCCACGUGGCCUUCCUCAAGACCCAAAAGACUGCCAGCAGCACUGUGUAGAACCUGCUCUUCGGUGUCAACGGUGGCACUGCCCUGUCACCGGUUCUGCUAUCCAUGCACCUUCACCUCCAACCUCGUGCACCCCCACACCCUGCCGCCCAGCAUCAUCACGCCCGCAACACCCUGACCUUCGACUUGGGCGGCGAUACAAGGCCCGGUCGGCCGAGGAUGUGGGCUACAGCCGGGCCUUCGUGGCGGAGGUGGAGCAGGCCCUCGCACUGGGAAUGAUUGCAAGCACUUCGACGAGUCUCUGGUCCUCCGGCGCCACCUGCUCUCCUGGGACCUGGAGGCAGCGUCUCCUGCACUCCCAGUCACUGCUCUACCACCGGAACUACCAUUGGAGCACUCUGCAGCGGCCUCAGUCCCCCCAAGCAGUCCAUAAGGUCGGUACUGCAUCGGCACCAGCAGGUCCGGCGAUAUUGCAGACAGCACCCUGCCCGUAGGGGCCAGGAUCGGGGCCCAGGCUCCAUGUCCAUCUCUACCCUGCGGCCCGCUGGAGGAACCCAGGCUAGAGGCGCAAAACCUGGGCAGGGAUCCUCACUGACCCUUGUAACACGACUAUGAAAGACUUGAAUAGAGGCUAGGGUGCCCAAAAAACGGUCCCAAGAAACCGACCCCUUCUGGUAUGUGGGAUGAGGUUACUUUUAUCGUUGUCCCCGGCUAUCCUUCCAGGAGAUGCCCCAGAAAUAACAAAAGACUAACCAAAUGGAAAGGGUGCCAACGGAGAUACAUGGAUUUGAAUAAUAAAGGAUUUGAUACCCCACCCGCUCUGGUUUGUGGGAAAGCCCUUAAAACCCAAUUGACAACAACGAGUUCUCGGGAAGAAACACAGCGGCGCACCUAGUCGACCAUUGAGCAUUUUAGACGGAGGUACUGUUUUGAAGCGGUGGUGUUACCGUGUUAUCGGUACUCGACGGCAAAGUGGUUCAAUCGGCCUCACAGUGAGACAAAGUGAGCAUUGUGGCCGCCACACUGGCCAAGGAUCACGUUGCGUUCUGGGCCAUUGUUCCCUUUCAUUGAACCUCUUCCAGACUAUCUCUUUUCACCGGCGCUGCGCUCUCCUUGGCUCCCGGCUCUUUAACACACACUACUGAACGUCCUGGAAAAAGACCUGAUCAGCUGUGAGAGAGGAAGGGGAAUCUCUAUAGGUGCGUUUGCUUUGACUCUUCACCAACUCUUCUCGAGUCUCCUCUCCUUUGCCUUCCUCUUCCUCUCCUGUUUUCUCUAAUGGAAAGCAUACACAUUUAGUUUGAAGUAAAAAGUUCUGGAUGCUUUCUUUUUUGCUGAGAGAGAACCCAAAAAACAGUGUUUGGAGGACUGGAGAAUGGAGGACAGACAAAUGGACGGAGACGGGGCAAGAGAGAGAGAGAAGGGGAGAGGGAGUGAGAGACGGAAGCCACUUCCAAGGCAGUCGACCUGAAUAUCGCCAGCACAUCAAAUCCGUCCUGGGACUAUUAUUACCAUGAGCCAUGAUGGCAGGACCAAAAUACAGACUCAGACGAGCGGCCGUCUCUGUGCGGGACUCUGCCAACGGCGUCCCUCUCCCAGACUUCGAAAGUCCAUCAUCUCUCCCAUUCUUCCAUGACCCUUCCAUGCCCUUCAGCCCUGCCUGAAGACCCUGACUCUCUGGCUCUGUGGGACAGCAGGCCCGUAGGGUCAGGCUAAAGUCCUGCCCUGGGAUAACAGGCUAUGCUUGUUCUUGAACUGGAAAAGUUUGAAAGUUUGACUUUUGUAGUCUCAAACUGGAUUGUUUUAGUUUUUGUGGGGGUCGUGAUGGGUGUGUGUGUGUGUGUGUGUGUGUGUGUGUGUGUGUGUCUGUGUGUGUGAGUGUUUGUUUGUGUGUGUGUCGGGUAUUUACUGCAAUAAGCUCUACAGAACAAAUUAUGUGAAAGGUAUGGAUGUAAUAUGUUCAAAUCAGAAUCAAAUCUCUGUCAAACACACACACACACACACACACACACACACACACACACACACACACACACACACACACACACACACACACACACACACACACACACACACACACUAGCACAAACGCACGCUAAGACUAGCAAGCCCCCACAUGCACACAUUUACACAACCCGUUCUUCCAUGACCCUUCCAUGCCCUUCAGCCCUGCCUGAAGACCCUGACUCUCUGGCUCUGUGGGACAGCAGGCCCGUAGGGUCAGGCUAAAGUCAUGCCUAGGAUAACAGGCUAUGCUUGUUCUUGAACUGGAAAAGUUUGAAAGUUUGACUUUUGUAGUCUCAAACUGGAUUGUUUUAGUUUUUGUUGGGGUCAUGAUGGGUGUGUGUUUGUGUGUGUGUGUGUGUGUGUUUGCGUGUGUGUGUGUG